ACAGACUCUGCACGCCCCUGCGCUCCGAUUUGAUGCUCUCUGAGAUUCUGAAAAUACACGAAGGAGAAAGACAAGUCCCAAGGCAUGAAUACAAUAUUUAAUCAACUAUAUGUACACUCUAAGCGUCCGUCUUGCUGUAUCUAUUGACCAUCGAUAGUUGUGUGCUCAAGUUUACCGAGAUCCAAAGUUGUCAGGCAGCGUUCAUUGAACGCAUGCGCAUUGCAUACACUAUCCAGCUCAAAAUAAGAGUUAAAACAGAAACGAGUGCAGGAGGAGGAGAGCAGGGAGAGAUGACUGACACCCCACCCAGCGAUGGCCCCUCCCAGGGGGCAGAGUUUGACAUGAUGGGUGCUCUGGAUUGGCAGGACGGCAUCGCCACACUGCCCGGCAGCGACAUCAAGUUCCGUAUGACAGAGUUUGGAACUUUGGAGAUCGUGACAGAGCCAGAGGUCAAAGAGGCAGGGCCAACCCCCCAGAACCCUGCCCAGUCGAAAAGCCCCACCCCUCCACCAGAGGCCCAAUCAGAGAGCAGUGCAGCCUCCUCGGCAGCCAAGGAAGUCCAGCCACUUGCACCCAAGGCUCAAGGCCCUGUGCUUCUGUCUCUAGAGGAGGGUCCCACUGUGGAGGAGCCGAGAGUGGAGGCGGGCCCCAGGGCGGAGGCGGGCCCCAGGGCGGAGGCGGGCCCCAGGGCGGAGGCGGGCCCCAGGGCGGAGGCGGGCCCCAGGGCGGAGGCGGGCCCCAGGACUGCGAUGGCUAGCUGUAGGUCGUGUGGGGGCUCCGGUCCACUGGAGAGUUUCCUCCAGGGCAAAUACUGCAGCUCUAUUUGUGUCCAGCCCUCCAGUGGCAGGUCAUCACCCGGAGAGCGGAGGGAGAGAGAUGGGGGGGAGGGGGGACUGGGGAAACGAGUGAGGAAGAAGAGGAAGAUCUACAUGGACUCUGGUGAUGAAGACGAAGACAACCAGGAGGAGGAAGAGGACAAGUCCAAGGCUGUCAAAGGGAGGAGAGCUGCUAAGCUGGCAAAGCUAGUGACAACCCAACCCAAUAAGAAGCGAUCCUGGAGCUGGCCCUCCUACAUGGAGGAGGAGAAGGCUAUAGCUGCCCCCCUUAAACUGUUCAAGGAGCACCAGUCGUUCCCUCAGAGCAGGAAUGCCUUCAAAGUGGGGAUGAAGUUAGAAGGACUGGACCCCUGUCACCCCUCUCUGUUCUGUGUGCUCAGUGUUGCUGAGAUCCAGGGUUAUAGGGUAAGGCUUCAUUUCGACGGGUAUCCAGAGUGCUAUGACUUCUGGGUAAAUGCUGACACCUGGGAUGUAAAGCCGGCAGGCUGGUGUGAGAAGAUGGGACACAAGCUGCUACUGCCGAAAGGUUGUAAGGAUGGGGAGUUCAACUGGAACAUGUAUGUGAAGAACUGCAGAGGUCAGCUGGCCCCCAAACACCUCUUCAAGAGCCUCAACACGUCGGUGACUCCGUCAGGGUUCCGUGCGGGUAUGAAGCUAGAGGCGGUGGAUAAGAAGAACCCAUAUCUGAUCUGCGUAGCGUCCAUCGCGGCUGCUGUUGACAACAGACUCCUCAUACACUUUGACAACUGGGACGACACCUAUGACUACUGGUGUGAUGCCAGCAGUCCCUACAUCCACCCUGUAGGCUACUGUGAGGAGGCUGAGCUGACCCUCACCACCCCUGCUGAGUAUAAGCACCCGAGGAGUUUUUCCUGGGAUAAAUACAUGGAGGAGACUGGCACACAGGCAGCCCCUGCACGUGCCUUCAAACUGCGUCCGUGCCAUGGGUUCCAGGCUGGAAUGAAGCUGGAAGCUGUCGAUAAGAGGAAUCCCAUGCUCAUCCGCGUAGCAACCAUCGCAGAGGUGGAAGACCACCGACUGAGGAUCCAUUUCGAUGGCUGGAGUGAGGAGUACGACUACUGGGUGGAUGCUGACUGCCCAGACCUGCACCCUGUGGGCUGGUGUCAGAAGACUAGUCAUCCCCUACAACACCCCUCCAAUGGCUCCACUGAUAUGCUGGUCCUCCCAGGGCAAGGCUGUCCUACCCCAGGAUGCAAUGGGGUUGGUCACAUCCGUGGACCGCGCUACGGAACCCACUACACGGGGGUGAGCUGUCCGUACUCGGAGAUGAACCUGAACAGGGAGGGCCAGGUACCAGACCGUCUGAGUGGAGAACGACCUAUGACCCUGGGUGGGCCUCAUCACCGUGGGCGACGCCCAGACCCUCCUCCACACACCCAGACAAACAGCCCCACCACACCGGAGCAGCCCGAGCCUGCAGACGACUCCCCUCAGACCAGUGUAACUAGGGGGCCGACGGUUGACGAGGGUGAACGAUCCAGGUGCAGCAGUCAGAGUGAGCCACCAGGGGGCUCCACUGAGCCCAUCAACGACGGAGCCAAGGCCAAGAGGUCUGCUCCAGUCCCAAAGUAUCUGAAGCUGCACGUCGUCAAGCAGGAGAGUGGAGAUGGGAAAGACUCCCUGUCUCUCCAGCAGGCGCUCCAUGAGUCAGUGUUCUCCCCGGGUGGCUCCUCCUCUCCCCCUCACAGGGUGGCUCUGUGCUGGGACAAACACUGCCAGCUGCUCCCUGAGGUCCUGGGCCUCACAGCUAAGAGAGUUGCAACCUGGACCGCCGACGAGGUGGCCAGUUUUGUCAAAGGGCUCCCGGGCUGCAAAGAGCAUGCUGCCACCUUCAGGACAGAGCAAAUGGAUGGAGAGGCCUUCCUGCUUCUCACCCAAGCAGACAUAGUCAAGAUCCUGUCAAUCAAACUAGGCCCUGCCCUCAAGAUAUACAACGCCAUACUCAUGCUGAAGAACGCUGAUGAGGAGUGAGACGCCCCCUCACGCUUCAUUUCCUCCCACACCCGACCGCUGUAUCUGAAUAGUCUAGAGAAGUUUAAUCUCUUUCUUUGCCUCCUCACCUUAUUGUCUUUGGUCUUCAUCUGCACUGAUCUGAGCACGUAGGAUAGGUCAGAGCAACGUAAUGGAUGGCCACCAGGAAUCUGCUUUCAGCUAUCCUGUUCUUCCACAUCAGUGUAGAGGAGUAGAGAGGAUGUACCUGGUGUCAGUGUAGAGGAGUAGAGAGGAUGUACCUGGUGUCAGUGUAGAGGAGUAGAGAGGAUGUACCUGGUGUCAGUGUAGAGGAGUAGAGAGGAUGUACCUGGUGUCAGUAGAGAGGAUGUACCUGGUGUCAGUGUAGAGGAGUAGAGAGGAUGUACUUGGUGUCAGUGUAAAGGAGUAGAGAGGAUUCAGAGAGGAUGUACAUGUGGUGUCUGUUGGAAGAUCUUAAUUGCAUACUCCUCGUGUCCUCUCCUCGUCUCCUCAAAACCCAUUAGAUGAGAGAGCCAGAGGAGAGAGGACGCGAGGAUUAUGCAAUUGAGAUCUUACCUGUCAGACAGACAUCACAGACAACCCAAGAAAGUGUUUUAUACUUUAACAUAGCAACAAUUAUAAUUUAAAGGGGUAAUCUGGAGUUGAAACAAUAACAAAGCAGGAACCCCACCACUGUUUUGGCCAAAAGCUGAGGGAUGGAUGGGGCUGGAGAAAUGUUACCGCUCUCAAAUUCACAGACAGAACUAUGUAUACAAGGACUGACCAUCAAAAUAAUGUUUUGAGGCUAUACAGUGUUUGUUUACAUUUACUUUGUUUACCAACAUUGAAGAUGAACAAGCUUAUAUUUGGUGUUUUGGGGUUCUGAUGGUGUACGACAGUUGAACUAAGCUCAUGAGGCAUUUAUAAGAUAUUCUUCGAGAAUCAAUGGGUAUAUAUCAAAAAAUGUAUGUAGCAAUUGCAGAUUGCCCCAUUAACCUAAAUGUUUUUCUGAGUGAGUAAGAAAUGAGCAGUGGGCACCUUUUAAAGUUCAUUCAUCUUUAAAGUAUUGAUAUUGAAUUCAAUUUUAAGGUAGACUCAGUGAAAUGACGUUGCCAUGAGCAGCUCCACAGAUAUUGAGAUGAGUGAGAUGCAGGACCUCAGUGUCUGCGGAACAGGAGGCUGGUGGCCCUUUAAUUGGGGAAAACGGGCUCAUAGUAACGGCUGGAACGGAAUCAAUGGAAUGGUAUUGGUUUCCAUGUGUUUGAUAGCAUUGCAUUCCCUCCAUUCCAGACAUUACUAUGAGCCGUCCUCCCCUCAGAUGUGGAUGGGUUCGCUUCACACUGUUCCCUGGCCUGGCUACCGGGAAUCAAAACAGCGGAGAAGUUGUUGUGUGGGAAUUGAUCAACAAUGCUGUUUACUUUCAGCAUCUACGUCAUAUCGCUGCGUCCACCUUAAAUAUUAUAAUUUUUAAAAAAUCUGCUUUUAUUUUAAAUGUUUGAGGAAAUGGUGCUGAGCCCUGAGCAGAUGGAACCAGAUUAGUCCAUACAUGUUUUUACUGGAAUACUUGUUGAGUUCUUAUUUAUUGUUGUGAAAGAAACUCACCAUGUAGUUUACCUCUCUGUCAGAUGGAUACAUUCCUCUACAUGUCCGGGGCAGGAAGAGGUUGGCACGUCUCAAGGCUUGGGUGGAGGGAGAGGAUUGGUUUGUGUGUGUGUGUGCGUGCGCGCCUAUCAGAUGUUUAUUUAAAAGGGUGAAUGUUAUAGCAUUGGAACUUUAAGGAAAGCUGGACUUCAGGACUAAUUCAACUGAAGAGAAAUGUUUUUCUAUGUACCUGCCUUAGAGCUAAUGGUAAAACACUAAUGAAAUUGGAACGUAAAGAAAGAAAGACAAAAUUCAUCAAUUUGUUCUGAAUGAAUAUUGCUUCCUGUUUCAUUGAUCUUUGUGUACACCGUGUAAAUAGUGUAUUAUAGCUCUGGGGUUGUGACACCCUGCAUCCCUAUAGGAAGUGGUUAUUUGGAAGCUUAUGCAAAUCAAUACCAAUCUUUUCCAAGAAAUUAAAAAUGUAUUUUUCUUUCCAUUGAACUGAGGAAUUCAUCUUUUAAAGCUUUAGUGAAAUUUUGUAAACUUUUUUUUGUCAAUCUCCUCUGUGCGAUACUUUGGAAGUGUGUUGCAAUGAGCUUAAAUGUGUUUAUCAACAAUAUAGUUUAUAUUCAAAACUGGGAUUUCUGUAUUUUAAUUUAAGGGGCAUUGAUAAGUGCUGUUGACUUGUGAGAUGGUGUGAGUGGUGUAGGUGCAUGAUGGCUUGUGUUUGCUGGAGUGUGUGAGUGGAAUAGAAUAAAUGAAAUGCAGUCUC